ACCGCCAACAGCACCAGCAGCCUGCUGUUGGCGGUAAUGGGCUCAUUGCGAGUAAUAGAGCUCCAACUCGUGGCCUUCAUCAUGGUUUUCUCAGUCAGCGGCCUUGUCCCGCUUUUUGAUUUGAUCUUCCCGGCCUUUGCCUCCGCAUAUCUCUUGGCUCUGUCGCGCUUGGCCUUCCCUUCUCAUGGUCCCGUCAGCUCUAGCUCUCGGGAGAUUUUCCAAGGCAGCAGAUUCUUCAGGUUUUACGUGGUUGCGGGAACCACAAUCGGGCUCUUCUUGCCGCUUGCAUACGUAUUGGGUGGCUUUGCGCGGGGCGAUGAGCACGCUGUCCGCUCGGCAACGCCUCACUUGUUCUUGCUCUCGUUUCAGAUUCUCACUGAGAAUGUGAUUAGCGGGUUGUCGCUGUUUUCUCCGCCGGUGAGGGCAUUGGUCCCAUUGCUUUACACUGUCAGGAGAAUCUUUGUCAUCCUUGAUUGGAUGAAAGAUGUUUGGCUUAACAAAACUCUGCCAGCCAAUGCACAGUUUAAGGAUGUUGCAUGGUUUUGGUUUGGGAGGAGCCUGGCUGUAGCCAACUUCAUAUAUUUCUCGAUCAACCUAUUCGGGUUUUUGAUUCCUCGAUUCCUUCCGAGGGCGUUUGAGAGAUACUUCAAGGAGAGGGAUGAACUUGAGUCCAAGAGUGUAGAGGACAAGCGCUCCGCAGCAGCAAAUAAGUUGGAACCAGUUGCGGAUAAGAAAAGUGAUUGAAUUUGGACUUCUCCCUCAGUCGUGUAGUAUGAUGUUCGGGUUUCCUUGAAAAUGGGUAUGUGUAAUGCUGCUCCUGUAUGCAUGGAUCACCGAUCUAUAUCAUCACAUCAGUUUGCUUUGUUUAACGUUUGUUAAUGUUGUCUCACUGGCCGAGGUAGAUAUCCAAGUAGAAGUGCAAAAAUCGUUCAUUUUAAAGUUCCAAUUUGUAUUGCAGUCUACCAACAGAAUUUAUUGCAAGUUUGUUGUUAUUCAAGUGUCUUUCAAUGCAGGGAGAUCGAUUGCCAGUA